AUGUUUUUGUUAUUUUUGGCUAUUUUCUUCUGUUGCGGACUCUGUGAUAGCGAGGAAGGAGAUCUGGGAUACAGUUUGAGCAUUGGCAAUGCUAUUGAUGUGUUCGCUAAUUAUGGAGAUUUAUCUCAAGUUACCCAAGUAGUGUCUGCUGAUUAUGAAGAUGAGAAUGAAGAUUCUAUAGAGCCUUUCAGAGAAAAGAAUAUCAGGGUCUUUGAAAACGUCAGCAGUGUGGAAAGACUUGGAGAUACUAUGAUGGACAUGACGAUACUCCUUUGUGAGACCUUCGAAGAUUUACUGUCCACAUACUUUCAGAACUUCAAAAUUGAAGGUACAGAAAAACCAUGGAAGGCGUUUUUGGGUGACUGGAUCUACGACGAGAUCAUGAGGACUUUCGGUAUUGAGUUCGACUCGAAAUCCGACAACUGCUGUUACGUUCUUGUCAAGCUGUCAAAAGUGUACAAAUCUGUCAAAAUGGACACAUCCAGGGAGAUCAGGGUGAAGGAAUAUGUCAAGUAUGCUGUCGACAACUUGAAUGUGUCGAAUUCAGCAGAAGUGAGGCGGUUCAUGAAAAGCUACGGCACACACUACAUAGACUCAUACGUGACCGGAAAUUUUAUAUAUCAGGUUUUUAAAUACAAACGAUCGGGUUAUAAUCUUCUUAAGUCGUAUAUACGACUACAGGAUCGCCGUAAAAGUAAUUCCGAUAGUUUAAGGUUCUACUUCUCUUCCUAUUUUCUUAAACAAGUGGGGGAUAUCAGGAUCGCCAGUGGCAAUAAGAACUUGGAAGAAUGGUCUCGAAAUAACUUACGUGACAGUCAAUAUCUAUUUUCAAGACCGAGUCUGUUAAGACUACAUUAUAAUCCUAUACUAGCUUUCAAACUCAAUGGAAUGCUUGACAACGGUGCUUUACUGGGACUCGGAUUGAAAAUACUAAAACCUAUAUUCAAAGAUAAAUACAAAAUGGACAAGUACAGUGAAAUAGUUGAAAACGACCUAAAACUAUGGGAAGUAAACGCAUAG